CGUUGGCCAUCUUUAGAAAUCUCCAUUCUGUGCUGUAUAGUGGGAAAGCCGAUAUUCUGUGACAUACAAAUCAACAUUUUUCAUAGUUACUGCCCGCUGAAGACGAGAACAGACAAUUCAAGAUGUCAGUCCCAUUUUCAAACACCAAAUUGCGAGUUCCUAGGGGAUUUCAGAACCUCUUGGAAGGCUUAGCACGGGAAGUUUUGAGGACACAACCGGAUAAUAUUUACUCGUUCUCCGCGAAAUACUUCGAUGAUCUUUUACGAAUCAGAGAAGAGGAAGGUAUUGAUCCUGCUGAGUUUGGUGCCAAACUUCAAGACAGAUAUUACAACAACAAAGCAUUCCAGGACAACAUUGGCGACGUCAACGAUCCACAACAACAAGAAGCUGCAGUUAAAAUUCAAGCCGGUGUCAAAGGUCACCUAGCUCGGCAAGAAGUAGCAGAAAUGAAGAAAGCACAAACAAACAAACAAGAAGAAGAAGAGAUAGACAUUGAUCUUGAAGAUCCUGAAGUCGAAAAAGCAGCAGUAAAAAUUCAAGCUGGUUUUAAAGGUCUAAAAGCGAGGAAAGAAGUCAAACAAAAACGAGAAGAGCAAGUCUCGUCUGAGAAAACUGAACAAUCAGAAGAGACUGAGGAAAAGAAAGAUGAGGAAAAGCCAGAGGUAGUCGCAGAAGAAAAAACAGAGGAUGAACAAACAACCCAGGCAGUAGACAAUCUUGUGAAAUGGGCACAGGAUGAAUCACAAGACAAGGAGGAAGAAGAUAAAAAAGCAACGACUGAGGAUGCUGAGGCUGAGGGAGCUGCUGAAGAAAACUAUGAACAAGAACAGGUAGCAGAGCAAAUUGAGCAAUCUGAGGAACAGAGUCCCGUUGAUGAACAACAAGAAGAAAUGGUUACCGAGGAAACAGAACAGAUUGAGGAACAAGCAGAAAAUGAGCAGGAGAAGGUCACCGCAGAGAUAGAACAAACUGAGAACGAACCCCAGGAAGGAGAACAAGAGGUUGUCAUGGAAAUAGAGCAACAGGUUGAGGAGGACCAAGAACAACAAGCAGAGGCUACUGAUGAACCAGCGGCAACAGAUGGGGAACAAACUGAACAAAAAGAGGCGGACGAACAGAAACCUGAAGGGGACGAUAAACCAGCAGAAAUAGAGGAAGCAGAAGAGAAGGCUGAUGAGGAAAAGCCGUCAGAAACACAGGUGCCUGAGGAGCAAACUGAUAUAAAACCAGAAGAAACCCAGGAAACUGAGGAAAAAGCAGAGGGAGAUGAGAAACCUGCUGACACAGAGGAAACUGAUGGCAAGUCUGUUGAGGAAAAACCUGCCGAAACACAGGUUGAGGAGAAAAAAGAAGAAGAAGAAAUUGAUAUUGACCUCACUGAUCCCGAAGUUGAGAAGGCGGCUGUGAAGAUACAAGCUGGUUUUAAAGGUCUAAAAGCAAGGCAACAAGUCAAAGAGAUGAAAGAACCAUCAGCUGAAGAGCCAGCCAAGGAGGAAGAGGUAGAUAUUGACUUAGACGAUCCUGACGUUGAAAAAGCGGCCGUAAAAAUACAGGCUAGUUUUAAGGGGUUUAAAGCUCGUAAACAGGUUAAGGAUAUGCAGGAUGAAAAAACUGCUGAUGAAGCAAAACCUGCUGAGGCAGACGAGGAAAUAGAUAUUGACCUAGACGAUCCUGACGUUGAAAAAGCGGCCGUAAAAAUACAGGCUAGUUUUAAGGGGUUUAAGGCUCGUAAACAGGUUAAGGAUAUGCAGGAUGAAAAAACUGCUGAUGAAACAAAACCUGCUGAGGCCGACGAGGAAAUAGAUAUAGACUUAGACGAUCCUGACGUUGAAAAAGCGGCCGUAAAAAUACAGGCUAGUUUUAAGGGGUUUAAGGCUCGUAAACAGGUUAAAGAUAUGCAGGACGAAAAAACUGCUGAUGAAGUUAAACCUGUCGAGGCUGAGGAAGAAAUUGACAUUGACUUGGACGAUCCAGAUGUUGAGAAAGCGGCUGUCAAAAUACAGGCUAGUUUUAAAGGUUUUAAAGCUCGUAAACAGGUUAAGGAUAUGCAGAACGAACCUGAGGCCGCUAAACCUGCUGAGGAAGAGGAAGUUGAUAUUGACCUUAAUGACCCUGAAGUUGAAAAAGCUGCUGUCAAAAUUCAGGCUGGAUUCAAAGGUUUAAAAGCAAGAAGAGAAGUGAAAGAUUUGAAAAAGGGCAACUAGUAGCACAUGCAAUAUCCAUAGCAUCCAAGCUUGCUGAUGGAGUCAAAAUAACUUCAAGAAACACCCUAG